AUGAGUGCGGCGUCCGGUCCGCCGUUCGUGGUGAUGCAGCGGCCACUCGGAAGCAGCUCUGCCUUCAGCAUCGACUCUCUAAUCGGGGGGCCUCCGCAGCCCAGCCCGGGACACUUUGUGUACACGGGCUACCCCAUGUUCAUGCCGUACCGCUCGGUGAUGCUGCAGCCGCCGCCGCCGCCGCCGCCGCCGCCACCUCCGCCGCCACCUACCCUGCAGCCGGCCGGACACCCCCAGCACCCGCACUCGCAUCCGCACAUCCCGGCGCUGCAAGGCGGUUUCUGCCCCAGCCUGGCGCUCACCUCCACGCUCAUGGCCUCGCUACCUGGAGGUUUCUCGCCGAGCCAGCAACACCAGGACCCGGGCCGGAAGCACACCGAAGACUCCAAGAGUUUGGUGCCGGCGACGGCAAAGGAAGACGCGGAUACGUCGGCGCAAACGGCUACAGCGCGAGGACACGCAAGUCCGGACGAGUCCAAAGAGGACGAUUGCACGCGCAGGGACGAGAGCUUCUCCAUGGACAGCGACGGCGACUACAGCUCGGACGACAACACGCUGAGCUCCGCGGCGGCCGGCCUAGAGGAGGGCCUCCACCUCCACGGAUCGGCCGGCACGGGUACGGGCUCCGGCUCGGGCCCACCCGGAGGCGGCGGCAAGAACCGCAGGCGGCGGACCGCCUUCACCAGCGAGCAGCUGCUGGAACUGGAGAAAGAGUUCCACUGCAAAAAGUACCUGUCGCUCACCGAGCGCUCUCAGAUCGCGCAUGCGCUCAAACUGAGCGAGGUGCAGGUCAAGAUCUGGUUCCAGAACCGGCGCGCCAAGUGGAAACGGGUCAAAGCCGGGAACGUCAACAACAAGUCCGGAGAACCGUCCCGGAAUCCCAAAAUCGUGGUUCCGAUCCCGGUGCACGUUAGCCGCUUCGCAAUAAGAAGUCAGCACCAGCAGCUGGAGCAGAGCCGACCCUAG